GGACAAAGCAAGGGUAUCCGAGUCUGAACAAUUUUGUUGUGGCGUGGGGCCAUGGAGCAUCAUCGCCGUGUAGUGGGGCCGGGGGGAUAUGAAAGGGCUCUCCAUAUGAUAUGAACGUCAGCUCGAGGAUUCGGGAUUGAGGAAUUGUUUAUUUAGAAAGCAAAGCAAAGAAAUGGAAAGGGAAAGGAAAGGAUUCUUGUGUGUGGAUUCGUCCAUGGAAUAACUGAAACCUUCAAGAAACAUCCGCAUCCCCCCAUCUUUUUCUCAUCAUCAUCAGCUGCCCACAUGUUCACGUUCUAGGGCUCAAGGUUAAGGUUGCAGUUGCAGAGGAAGCAGCACUCAUGGGAAAUUGCGUCUUGAAAGGGCUGCACCCAGAAAUUAGAGACGAUGUGGUGAAAGUGGUGACGGCCGAUGGCGGAAUCAUGGAGCUCUUCGCGCCCGUCACCGCCGAGUGCAUAACGGGCGAAUAUCCAGGACACGCCAUUUUCAAGAGCCGAAGCAUCUUCUCCGAACCCCUGCUCCACAAGGAGGAGCUUCACGCCGGAGAAGUGUACUACCUACUCCCCCUGAACCCCUACAAGCCCUCCGCCGCCAACGCGGACGCCGGUAGCGUUUUGUCUACGCCGUACCGGAUGUCGACGAAGAGAGCGGGAGCGGGAGCCGGGUCGGAGGCGGAGGCGGAGGUAUUUCCCAAGUACAGUAGCAGCGGGGUGUGGAAAGUGAAGCUGGUGAUAAGCCCCGAACAGCUCUCUCAAAUUUUGUCGCAUGACAGUCGCACCGAGGAGUUGAUCGAAAACGUCAGAACGGUUGCCAAGUGCGGAAACGGCGUCGGAUCGGCGCCCAACUCAGACCACUCCAGUGUCGCAAGCAGUUGGAAGGGGUCCGUAUCCGCAUCCACCGUGGAAUUCGACUAUGGAUUCAAAUAAUAAUAUUUUAAAAACAAAAACAUGUUUCUUUUUUCCCUUCCCUUCCUUUCUCUGUAUCAUAUUAACUAAAUUAAUUGGUUGCUUGCUUGCUGGUGCCUGGUGAGAUGAUCUUAAUUACUCCUCCGUGUUAUUCAAUCUUAUCAGUGAUUUGAAUUGAAGGUUCGUCAGUAUUAGUAAAUAGUAUAG